AUGCCUGACGGGCACUGGCGGGCCAGCAACGGUGCAGCAAUCGGCCCGGCACGCACGAACGGCACCGCUCAGCCCAAGCCCAACGGCACUGCACACUCCGGCGGCAAAGUCAAGAUGACCCUCGACGCCGACGCCAAGCAUGACCCGCAGGCCAUCGACCAGACCGCGGUCAGCGAGGAGGUGUCGCGCCCGAAAGUCGUCGAUCCGGAGUGGGGCGAGCUGACGCUCGAGAAGGCGCGGGAGAAGCUGCUGGAACAAGCCCCGCGCAACCCGCUCUGGCGCUCGUCGCUGUUCCGGCGGCUGUACCUCCUCUGUUUUGUCUUGUUCUCGCUCCUCGUCUUGGUGCCCGUCUGGGCGCUCUACUACUUUCCCCGAAGCAACCGGCCGUUCGGCGCUUGGCCGCUCCAGCGCUGCCUGCGCGUCCGCUGGAGCAGGCACAUCUCGACCGUCGUCGCCAAGUGCGAGAUUGACUAUCUGGGCCGAAACCUCGAUGUUCCGCUGCACCCGUACAAGCUGAAAUGCUCACAUCCGAUCAUCAUCCCGCCCGCGCCGGCGUCGUGGCUGCGCGGCCAUCCCGCCGAAAUGCUCAAGGAGAUCCACAAGAACAGGGGUAACUGGCGCCCCCGCUUCGUGUACCGACACUGGCCAACCCGCUCCGGCGCAUACGGGAAGUGGAACCCGCGCGCAACCCCUUCUGUGCCAGAAGACGAGGGCUUCGUGCCCGUCCAGGCAUUCUGGUACACGGGGCGGAAGAUUGCGCCGCACUCCCAGCCCCGCCGCAGACAUGCCGGCCAGCCCGUGCUCCUCAUGUUCCACGGCGGGGGUUAUAUCCUCGGCACGGCGGCCGAGAGCGACCUCACGUCCAGUGUCGCGCGGAGCUUUGUCGCGCACACCCCGAUACGGCAUGUGCUGAGUGUGGAGUAUCGCCUCGCGUCGACGAGCCCCUGGCCUCUGCCCCUCCUCGACGCGAUUAGCGCUUACCACCACCUCCUGUCCGAGGGCGUGGCGGAGCGCGACAUCGUGAUCGCCGGCGACAGCGCGGGCGGCCACUUGUCUCUGGCACUAGCAAGGUGGUUGAGGGACGAAGGCCCCGCGCUCGGCCUCUCCGGCCCACGGGGCCUGGUCCUGCUGAGCCCCUGGAGUGAUCUAGGCUUCACGCACUUCUGGGGCGAGCGGAAUGCGCAGCACAAUGCCGAACUCGACACGAUUGACGGCAGCUUUGGGCCCUUUGCGGCCUCGCUGUUGUUGAGAGGGUUGGACGAGUAUACAGCCUGGGAAUCACCCUAUCUCGCCCCUGCGGGCCUCAUGCUGCCCGAACGGAGGGAGAAUGGGUUCCACGGCUUCCCGCCCACGUUCAUCGUGUAUGGGCGCGCGGAGAGGCUCGAGAUGGAGAUUCGCGAGCUGUACAGGCGCAUCAAGGCGGCAAGGAGUCAUCGCCGCGUCAGCGGCGAUGCCGCAGCCGCAGGCGCCGUCGGGGAAGACGGCAGCUCGACCCCGGGCGGCGAGAAGCGGGGCAAGCGUCGCACGACGCGGGACCGCCUGCUCGCGACGCGCGAGGCAGUGCACGACUUUAUGAUCUUUCCCUGGUUCAACCCCGAGACGUCGGCCGCGUACGAGGAGAUAGACGACUGGCUCCGACAUCUGUUCAGCAUUGAGGCCGCGCCGCGCAUCGAGACAACGCCUCCGACCCCCGAUCAGCUUGAGGUUGAGCCAGUCGAAAAGGUGGCUGAGAGGGAACGUGAGCGGCUUGCUGAGCGCGAAAGGCGGAUCAGGGAGAGGGAGAUGGAGCGCGAGGAGCGCGAGGCGAGUCUCGAGAAGACCGAGGCUGCCCUUGAUGGCAUUCGCCAGCGGCCGAGGGCGAGGACGCACACGGCGGCGACGCGGCCGGUGACGAUCCACACGUCCGCACUUCCUCCUUCGCUUACUCGACCUUCCGUGCCCCGGUCCACCUCCACGGCCACGGUUGAGCGGCGGCGCAAGACGAGCAAGACGAGUCUCACGCCCCGCCCGCGUAUUCGCCUGCUGCCCAAGAGUCCGCGCAUGAUGCCUGUGCACGACACGCCAAGGGCGUUCGUGCGCGAUCUGCGCACGCAGAGUCUGGACCUGAUCGACCUGCAUCCUGUCGAUAUGCUCGAGGACGUGCUGAGCCCGCUCAGGCUGGACGAGAGGGGGGACGAGUGGCCGAGCUGGCACGAGAUGGGGGCGAGGGAGCCGAGUGAGGAGGACGAGGAGCGGUAUGAGGAGGAGGAGGAGGAGGAGGAGGAGGACGACGACGACGACGACGACGACGACGACGAGGGAGAGGACGCGGAGGAAGGAGAGGGAGGAGGGGCAAGCGCCAGCGGCAGCGAACCACCCAAGCAGGAAGAAACCCACGACAGCGAGGACGGAAGCGAGGAGCGCUGGCUCUUCGAAUAG